UGAACUGAAGGAUUUAAAGGAAGGUAAAAAUAGAAAGAUUCAAAAGAGACUGGUAAAUUACGCAGUAAGGUCAACAACAUGAAGAGCUUGUUUGUAUUACUCUUUGUGGUUGGUCUGGCCUAUGGUGCCGUUGUACUGCCAACCAAAACAGAAUGUCAGUCCAAUGAUGACUGUGGGGAUGGAGAGUGUUGCGCCCCAGAACCGAACCCAUUCAUUGCAAGCAAGAGGGACGUUUUGCAACCUAUAAAACCUUGGGAAUGGAAACCGAAAAAUUACUGCUACUCCUACAUACAGGAAAAUGGCUUCUGUGGUGGUUUCAGGACCAUGUGUGGAUGUGCUGAGGGCCUCACCUGCAAGAACCUGUGGCAACCCCCUACCAUAGCAACUGCUAUCCCUGUAAAAAUCCCUACGAAAAUUGAUGCUAAAAGGGCUAUUGCAUUUGGAGAUUUCCGCUGUGUUAAAACUACGGAGUAACAUGGAACUCUCAUAAAUUUGAAUUUUAAAAAUUAAAGAAUACCAAACCACUUAUGUGUAAAUGAUCCAUCUACUUCCAAGCCAAUAAAUCACUAGCUGGU